UAAAUUGAAGCAAACAGAAGCCGGGCUUUGCAGGGCGGAACAGGCGGAGCCUGAGUGAGGAGCACGCGCGUAAUGUGGACGUCAUUCCGCCCGUACUGCGGUUACUGGCGCCGUGGGGCCUGACGUCAUUUGCGCGCGGGUUUGAAAAUACAAAGCGGGGCCGAGGAGGAGCAGGCGGGAGCGUGGUCUCGGGGGGAAAUGGAUGGAGGCGGGGAGGGCGCGGUGUCCCCUGGGCUGUUUGCGGAGACAGAGACUGUCGCCGCCGGCUGGAUGCUGGAGUUCACCUGCUACGCGCUGUGCCGGCACUUCCGGGAGGGGCGGACGCGGGACUUCGAGCGGAGCCGGGACACGGCGCAGGCUAUUAUUAAUGGACUGUCCAAAAUAGCUACUCAUCAGAGGAAAACAGUGUACCUGUGUCAGUUUUUGACACGAAUUUCAGAAGGAAAAACACUUGGUUAUCACUUUGAAAGCGAUAAGAGAAUUUCACCUUUGGAAUCUGCUCUGUCAAUUUGGAAACUGCUUGAAGAAGAGCAAAACAAACGAGAUAACCUGCAUGAAGAUAUUCAUCGCUUAAUUUUGAUUCAGGCUGUAGCCGUCCACAUAGAGAGAGGAUACUGUAAGGAAGCUACAGAAGUCCUUGAAAGACUAUUUGCAGAAUCUGAAUCAAAUAAGGCUUUAAGAAUGAAACUGGCCUUAAUAAUUAAUGGGAACAAUCCAGAUCUACCUUUUCUUCAGAGCUUCAGUUAUAAUCUCUUGAUCAAUAAAAUCAAGUCUUACAUUGAUGUUUUCUUGAAAGAGAACUCAACAAACUUUCUAAUCAAGGCAGCCACAAAAGAGGUGGAGACUAAAAGAUUGGAAGCAACAAUUUCACUCAAUAAACCUGAAAAUACUAUUGAAACAAAUAAUGAAAGUAAUUUGGAAACACAACAGAGGUCACGCAAACGCCUUUAUUCCUUAGCACAGAACACCCUCUGGAAGCUAGAAAACGUGCCUUCUAAUGAGAUAACAAAACACAGAAAAACCAGUUGUCUUCAAAGUCUCAGUGAUUUGCAGAACAUUGAAAAUGAUGGAAAGUCUCUGUCUCACAGGCAAACUGACCGAAAGAAGCAGCGAUGGACUUGGGAAGAAGACAGUAGACUGAAGGAUGGGGUAAAGAAGUUUGGAGUGGGAAAUUGGACUAAAAUUUUGAUUCAUUAUGACUUCAACAACCGAACCAGUGUCAUGUUAAAAGACAGAUGGAGAACUAUGAUCAAGAAAGACAUUGUUUAGUUGGACAGUGAGAAGUAACUUCAACUCUUGUACCACUUUUCCCAUGAGGAUAAUGUUUGGACACCUAUCUAGCUUUUCCCAAUAAUUUUGGUUAUAAAGUGUUGAGUAGUUUAAGUUUGAUAUAAAAUAGCUUCCUGUGUGUGAAUUCAUUAAUACAGUAAUGUAAGACUAAUGUUUCUCUCUCAAUGAAUGUAUAUACUAUGAAAAGCAAUAAGUGAUAAGAUUAAGAGCUUGCAUUAUAUCUUUUUUCCUUUAGAAUGUUUUAAUUUGAAUUUUUUAAUUCUGCAAAGCACAAGGUACCAUAGCUUUUUAGUUCUGGUUGGGUAAGGUAAAGUCUUAAAAGUAGCAUCCUGACAGUGGAACCAGAACAAUAAACGGUAUACAUCAUCUGUGUAUCCUCUCUUGAGUAUAGAUAUGUAACAACAUAAAAGAUGGCAUUUAUCUGUAUAAAGUGGAUGUUUUCACUCAUGAAAUGGCAAUGUUGUACUUAAUUUGCAAAAUACUAAUCGUGUAAUAUUACAGAUGUAAAUAGAAUGUAAAACAGUAAACUGUAUUUGUAGCCUUAUAAAGAUAUGCAUCAUUUCCAGAGCAUUUAGUGAUAGUCACAUUAUAAAGGCUUGCAUCUGCAAUUACUGUGUGUGAUCCUCAAAGAGAAUCAGAUUAAGGUAGGUCAUGCAGCAUCAAUGUGAUGUUU